CCUGUUAACUCAGAGAAGGAGAACUCUCUCUCUGUACUUGUUAACUUCAUUGUCCACUUUCUGUUGCGGUCUCUUUUUAUCUCUCUUCCUUAAUCUUCAUUCUGUAUAGUGGGAAUUCUCCGCAUCAGCAACAUUGGAAGAUGUAGCUCUUGUGCAGCAACAAAAAAAAUCAGUAUUAAACCAAGUGUUAACAAUUUUGAAAAAAACUGGAACAAAAAUAACAAAUCAACAGAAAAUGAGCCAAUGCAGAGAAGAUAGAAUGCCGUAUUCACUUGCCAAGCUCAAGAAAGUAGCAGCAAAACGCUUAAGUACUUUCACAAAAGCAUCUGGUUCAAUGGCAGUAAAUAGAAAAGGAAAGAAAAAGUUUAUAGCCUAUAAAGGUUUUGAUAUUGUGAGCCAACCAUUAAGAAAAAGGAUCAUACAUAUGUUAGCAUUAAAACCUAGUAAAAAAUCAGAAAUUCUGGAUAGGCUGAUAAAAGAGGGUAUCUCUGAAUAUGAGAAGACAAAUGUAUUUACCUUGUUAUAUCAGAUUAGUUCAUCAAAUAUCAAAAUAUUUCAUCUGAAAGCCCAAUUGUGGCAAGAAGUUGAAGAUGACUGGAGGUUUUAUUCGCCAGAAGAGGCAAUAAUUGUUCGAAAAAAGAAGCAAGAGGCGUGUCAAACUGAUGUAAAUAUAGAACCCAAAAAUCCAUCAAAUGUUCUACCUUCAAAAAAACAUUCAUUAGUGGAUGAUACCAUUGCCAGUUCUAUGCCUAUCCAAAAGAAACAGAAGGAAAGUAGUGUUAAAGAAGAAAACCCUAGCCUUUUUUCUUUACUUCAAUAUGUGAGGAGGAAUUCCACACAUAAGAAUUGCCCUAGUCCUAAUUUUGAAUCCAAGGAAUCUAACAAUCAAGUUACAUCUCCUCCAUCUUCUAACAAGAAAUAUAAAAAGAUUGGAAGAAUUCAGAGAAAGAAAGAUGAAAAUGCGCCUUUGAGCCAUUCAGAAGAAAAAAGUGAUAUGCCUUCCACUGUUAUAAAUAUGACGCACCCUGUCCUUCUUAAAGAUUCUUGUCCGGUAGAGAAAAUUACCAGUCCUUCUGUAGUACCAUCUUCAACAAUUGGUGACACAACAUUAGACCCUAAUAAAGUGUCUUUUAAUAACUCUAGUUCAUUUCUUUCCUUUAAAGAUGAUUCUUGUUUAGCACAAAAAGCAAAAGUUCCAUUUCUGAAAGAGGCCCAAAGUAAUAAUACUUCUCAAAUUGUGGGGAAACCUACCAUUUCUAAGGCUGAAUUACAGAAUUUGGAUUCAUUUAAUUCUAAAUCAGAAGAAAUUAAUGAAAAAGGCAUUCUUUCAACAACUGUGAUGGAAUUACCUGAACUAGUCUCCAAACAAGGAGAAUUUGUACUUACUGAUUGUUUAAAAAAUUCUGAACCUCAUGCUUCGAGAAUACAAGAACUUUCUUCACCUUCUGCAUUUUCAUCUUCACAUUGUACUUCUUUAUCUUUAUUUAAUCCUAAAUCUGAAGAAACUCACGAAAAAGGUAUUCUUCCAACAACUAUUAUGGAAUUACCUGAACUAGACUCUAAACAAGGAGAGUUUGUACCUACUGAUUGUUUAAAAAAUUCUGAACCUCAUGCUUCGAGAAUACAAGAACUUUCUUCACCUUCUGCUUCUGCUUCUUCAUCCGCACUUUCUGCUGCUUUAUCUUCAUUUUUUGCGUCUGCUUCUUCAUCCGCACUUUCUGCUUCUUUAUCUUCACAUUCAGCUUUUUCAUCUUCACUUUCUGCUCCUGCUUCCUUAUCUUCACUUUCUGCUUCUUUAUCUUUGAAUUCUGCUUCUUUAUCUUCACAUUCUGCUUCUUUAUCUUCCCUUUCUGCUUCUGCUUCUUUAUUUUCACAUUCUGCUUCUUUACCUUCACAUACUGCUUCUUUAUCUUCACAUUCUGCCUCUUUAUCAUCACAUUCUGCUUCUGCUUCUUUAUCUUCAUAUUCUGUUUCUGCUUCUUUACCUUCACUUUCUGCUUCAUCAUCACCUUCUGUACUGUAUAGUAUGUACAAAAUUCUGGCAACUCAAAAUGCAAAGUCUCCAGAUCAUAAUGCUGACACUUUUAAAAGGAAAUUUCCUAAAAUUACUUCAUUUGUGCAGAGAGACAUAUAUAAAGAACAGUUCGAUUAUGAAUUACCUAUUUACGAAGCAUUAUUGAAAUCUGUGAACAAAGCAAAUAAAAGAAUGAGACGUUUAGAAGGCGAUUUGAAAACUUUUAAAGAAGGAACCCUUGAAUAUGAAGCUGCUUUGAUGGAACUGUGUAAAGCAUAUAAAAUGUACAUACAAGAUAGCAUGUACAAAGAAAAUUGUCGAGUACUGUGCCGUAUGCGUGACUCAUUGUUUUACUUAAGGCAUCUUAUUCUUGAAUUUGACAAGGAACAUGAUAGAGAUUUGUCAUCAAAUAAUUCUGAAUAAUUUUUAUUUUACUUUUUAAUUUCCUUUUGGAAUGAAUCUAGAUAGCUAUGUAUUCAUUUAUUAGAAUGUUCUUAAUGCCAUUUGUUAGUUGGUGCUUGUCUUGCACCAAACUUUUUUAAACUAUCUCUCCCUGACUGUAUUUAUUUUGUAAUAGAAAUUGAAUUUUAAAUGGCAUCCAUCUCUAUUUCCCCAUUUCUAGUUAUUGUCCAUUUUCAUCAGGGUAAGUCGUGUUAGUUGUACCUUUCACUGUUAUCACCAUCAGAUCAAAGUAUUCAUUUAUUAUGAAGAAAAGCUCUUAGCAUAUGUUUUUUUUUUCUUUGUUAAAUAUUAAGUAUGUGGUAACAAGUUGUAAUAAUUUUAAUUUAGUGAAUUCUGCCAUAUAUUUAGAAACUAUAAAUCGUUUGCAUAACUUCUAUUCCUUUUUGUGAUUUAGCACAGGAUGAUUGAAAUAGUGGAUUUCCUUUAUUUGAAAGGAAGCUUGUUUUAUGAAUACGAAACAUCUAAUCAAUGUUGCAGUCUGAGAAAAGAAGAAUUUUUUUAACCCCGGUUUUUUAACAAAAUUUAAUAAAAGAAACCUAGAUGUUUGUACAGAACUUUAGACUAGGGAUGUUUGUACAAAAUAUAUCAGUGUGUAGUAUUCUAGUCAGUGUUUUAAUAACUAUAGUUUCUGUAAAAGAAGAAAAUGUUAAUCUUAUAUCUUUAAAUUAGCAAUCCUUGUGUGUGUCUGUAUAUAAAUAUAUAUGUAUUUCAUGUAUCUGAAACGGCUCUAACGAUGGCUCAGAUUUUAAAUUUAGGUAAAGUUUUGCUUUUUAAGUUUAUCUAUAUAAAGUAUCUUUCCUGUAAAAACGCGAUUUCGAACGCACACACACACACACACACACACAAAUGUAUAACUAGCCAUUAGAGUCCAAGAGAUGGCCAUAUUUGGGGAAAAUGCGCCUAUGUGCAAUAGAUGCAAAGUUAAUUUUACUAUUUGGCAUAUCUUAAUUGAAUGUCCCGUCUUUAAUUCAUACCGUGCUCGUUUUUUUUACCUUGUCUUCAACAUUGCAGGACUUAGUGGGUGAAAGAUACCACCCAAAUAUUUUUAAAUUCUUAAGAGCUACUGGCUUUUUAACUUGUAUUUAGACUUUUUAAUCAUUCUUUUUUGCGUUGAACAUUCCUUUUUGUGUAUUUGUACGUUUCAUCAUUGUAACAAAAUCUCAUGAAUCAUAGUUUUUAAAUUUUAAGAUGUUAAAACUAUUUUCACAUCAUUUUUUUGGGUGAAAUUUUCUUUAUAUGUCUGUGUUAAUUAAAUAAAUGGGUGUUUUCUUUAACAAAUUUUAUACUUUUACCAUUUGAUUGGCGCAGUAUAGCCAAAUAUGGCUCUUGCGCCAGUAAAACACACAAAACCAACCAAGAGAUGGCGUUACAUGUCCAAGCAGAACGUAAACAAAUAUAUGUAGCCAUCCGAGCUUCAGUAAAAAUCUUAUAGCUUUAAUCGAGAAAUUCUUGUAUAUGUAUAUAUAUAUAUAUAUAUACAAAUUUAUUUUGUGUAUUUUGGAUACAGCUCUAACGAUUUGGAUCAAAUUUUAUAUUUAGAUAAGGUUUUUAUUUAUAAGUUUAUCUAUAUAUGUGUAUUUCCUGAAAAAAUUCGAUUUUACAUGCACAAAAAAAUUUAUAACUAAGUAUUAGAAUAAGUUUAUUCAAGUUAUUAAGUUUGUGCGAGCAGUGCAGUAUAGUGUUCAAAACAACAUGGCUGACGAGUGUGUUGCGGGUCUUCGGGUUCGAGUCGCGCGUUUUGCUUUAUUUUAUACUUAAUUAUUAAUAUUUAAUAUUUCUGCUUUUUAAGUUUAUCUAUAUAGAUGUAUUUCCUGACAAAAUGCGAUUUUACCCUCACAUAAAAAAGUAUUUUCUUACAUUAGAGCCUUCUUCUAUCUGCUCUCAUGCUGACAAUGUCAUAUAGCGCCAUCUCGGACCCGAUUUCACCAUGGCAAAACUGAGUGUAGGUUCAAAAAUAUAAGUACAGUAGACUCCCGAUUAUCCGCGCCUGCUCACAAAGUUUUUUUUUUUUUUUUGACUGAUUUUUUUAAAAAAGGUGUAGUUUUUCAGUUAUGCUUUUGUAAUUACAUAAUACAUUACAGUAUUAAAACAGUACAUAUGUAUUAAUUUUUCUUGUAUCCUUGACGCCUCUCAUAAGUGCAAAGCACUUUUCUGUUUUCAUUAACAAAAUGCAUUUUAGGUUAGUUUUGAGUGAUAUACUAAAAUAUUAAGCGUUAGUUAAACAUUUCCUGCUGUUUAUUUUACGUUUUAUUGUGCAUAAAACGAUUUUUCAAAAUUGGAAUGACUGUUUUUUCUUUUGCUAUACCCGUUUUUAGCUUUUUUCGGAUUAUCCGCGGCGGCCGCGCCACCCGAUUCCGCGGAUAAUCGGGAGUGUACUGUAAUGAUAAAUAAACUGUAAUGCAGCAAAUUGUUUUGAAUAACAUGUUAAACUAAGUCCACUGAUGAUUUUUGUUUUCUUUAAAUGACCAGUUCAUAUGUAGGUAAGAUUAUAUUUUUUAAUAAUUUGUAUCCGAUGUGGUAUUCGUAUCUAAAUGUAUUCUUAAUAUAUAUAUAUAUAUAUCAAGCUAAGCUUGGUCUUCCUUGUACUGAAUGAUUAUUUAUUAUAAAAUGGGCAAAUAAAUGUUUGAAAUCCUUUAUCGAGCUCAUACUAAUUAAUAAACACAAUUAUUUAAAUGUUUCAGAUGUCCUUUUAAAUUAUUAUUGAAAACUGAUUUACCUCAGUUUCAUUUUCAUUUUUCAGAGAACUGGUAAGAAUCUGACAAUAUUGAUAUCUUUUACUUGUUUACCCAGUUCUGGUUGUUUAUUUUAAAAUGUUUUUGUGCUUCUUAAUUUACAGAUUUCUUGUUGAUUAUCCAAAUAAUUCCAUGUAUUGAGUUGUAUAUGCAAUAAUUGCAAGAAUUUUCUUUCUUUCUUUAAAGAAAAUCUUUGAAUGUUAUUACAGAAAGUAUUGAAAUUUUUAAAUUUUAUAGAAAAUAGUAAUAAUUAUUAUUGUAUCUUUAUUAAUCUAAGAAAAAAAAUAGUCUUUGGUUACAAUAAACAUGAGAGAUCAGCCCUUCUGCAUGGUUCAUUGGCUGUUGAUUCAUUUUACUUUAAAAGCACAAUUUUAAAUUGCAAUCGUUAAUUUGACUCUUCAUGCUACAUUUAAUGGAAUUCAUAUUAGGUAUGCGAUAGCGCAUUAAUGUGUAGAGCUAAACAUAUGAAAAAUAGGAUACUGAUAUUUUAAAUAUGUUAUAAAGAUUAUAAUUCUAAAAACUCAUUAUCUAAUUAUUAUCAUUGGAUUCACAUUCUUAAUUUAACCCUUUAAAGGGCCAUUUUUUUCUAGUCAUAUUAUGUAAAAAUAUUUUCACGCUUGAAAUUAGAAUAAGAAAAGGAAUUCAUUUAGCUUAUUAGAUAAAUUUAAUUAAUUAAUUAGGUUAAUUAAUAAUUAAGUAAUAAAUCAAGACACAUCAUUUUGUCUGAGAUAAAGAACUGAAGCAUCUAAGUUUCUGACUAAGUUUAGUUUACUAAAAAAAUUUGUUAGAACUUAUGCCAAGCUAUAUAAUUUCAUACAAAGGUUGAUAAAUUUGGUGGGAAGCUUACUUAACAUGGCCCUAGAAAGGGUUAAUUCUUUAUUUUAAUAUUUUGAAAAAUAAUUAAAUUAAUAAAUCUAUUCUUCAAGAUGUUUAAGUAAAGAGUGAUAAACUUUUUGUGCAUAGUGCAUACAUUAUUUAAUAAUUUAUGUGUUUAAAACGAAAAUUUCUGAAAUUAUUGCUUUAGUUUUUAAUUAAAGAUGUUUUAA